AUGUACUGGUCGUCGUGGAAAAGUUUCUACGAAGCGUUCGACGAGUUCCAAGAGGCUACGUACCAGCGCUUCCCGUCCCGCACAAGUACCUCAAUUAAGUCCAGGAACAAGCAAAUUGCUGCCGCGCAGAAAGAGGUCAAAAAGAAACAAAGUAAGCCGAAGACGAGAAAGGUUCGCGCCCACCGACAGAGCACAGGUGGCACACUAUUGCCAGAGUCAUGGGAGAAAUACAGCAGGACGUUCGUGUGCACUCAUGGUAUUCCGUACGAGAGUCGUGGAGAAGGCUUGCGGCAGCAUGACGCCGUCCGUUUUGUGGCGUGUACUGCUCGUAUCAACGCACGGGUUUGUAGUCGACCGAGUGGUGUUGGAUUUCAUAUCGUUGUGAAUGCAACGGUAACGCACAGCCAUUGUCUCACCGAACAUCAGUGGUAUAACUACACUGAGAACAGACGCGUCUUGGAUCCGGAGCUACGCCGCGAUGUGGCAGUCAUGAACAAGGCAGGGGUCAAGCCACGCGGGAUAUUAGCAUAUCUUCGAGCCAAAACAGGUUGGUGUUUUUGGUGUGUAUUCUGUAUAUUGCACGAAACACUAAUAAAAUUUGGUUUGGUGUUCUAUAAAGACAAGCGAACGAUUCUACGAGACGUGCACAACAUGAUCCAGGACGCUAAGAAGUACUUUAACGGAGGUCGAUCGGAUGCGGAGCGCGCUGUCUCCGUGCUGGACGAAUUCUGCGAGAUGAACACAGGAAAUGUGGCGGAGUUCGUCAUUGACAAGGAGUGCAAGUGA